GGGGGAGACCGGCAUGGAGCUGCGCGUCCUGGGCGGAGGGCUCUACUGGCUGCUGCUGCCACUCGCUCUGCUGGCUGCAUGUCUGUUCCGGUUCAACGCCCUCUCCCUAGUGUAUCUUCUCUACCUCCUGCUCUUGCCCUGGUUCCUGGGCCCUACUGAAUCUACCAUUAAAGGUCAUACGGGACGCCUCCUCCGAGCCAUCUUAGGGACUAGCAUCCUUUUCCUCUUGGCCCAUUUGGUCUUCCAAAUAUGCCUGUAUACCGUACCCAGCUUGGACCAGCUACUGCAACAAAACUGCAGCACAUGGGAAACACUUGCCCAGCACAUCGGGGUCACAAGGCUGGACCUGGAUGACAUCCCCAAUUCGGUGCGCCUGGUGGCCCCCGACCUCGGGAUCCUGCUGGUCUCAGCCAUCUGCCUGGGUGUUUGCAGCCGCCUGAAGCCGGCGCACCAACAGACAGCUGAGAGUCGACUGUCAGAAUCCAGCCAGCUCCAAGAACAGGAAGAAGCUGCGGUGGAUGAGGCCGCAUCAAGUCCCCGGGGUCCUGCCGAUGCACUGGCUGUGGGCUCCUCGAGGCAGCGGGCGCGGCUGGCCACCCGGCUCCGUGAAACAGCUCACUGGCUCUUGAUGGCCGUUGGAAAAGUCCUGGCCGUUGUCUUGCUCGCACUGGCAGGGAUCACCUUGCCCUCCGCUUUCUCCAGCGUGUACUACCUGCUCUUCGUGGGUCUCUGCACCUGGUGGGCCUGCCACUUCCCGGUCAGCCACCUGGCCUUCAACACCUUGUGCAUCAUGGUGGACGUCUUUGCCGGGGGCCACCUCAUUUGCCUCUACGGCUACCAGACCCCCUUCAUGCAGAAAGUCUUUCCGCCUGCCGACAUCUGGGCACGGUUGUUUGGCUUGAAGGCCGUUGUCCUGCACGAAGACUGUCACAAGCCCAACGUGCUGUUCUUGGACGACAGCUUCCCGUGGCCCGUCUACGCCAACCCGGGCAUCCUUCUGCUGCUUUAUUAUGCCUUGGCCACCCUGGUGAAGCUCCGCAGGUUGUACCCCAACGAGCAGUGGAGAGGCGCUCCGAGCUCGACCUUGGACUCGGUGGAAAUGGAGAAUUGGUCCAUGGACCGAGAUGGCCUGGCUGAGGAUGUGAAGCCGAUGCUGGAUGACACGGAAGGUGCUAAUGCUGAUCCAGAGAACUGCACAGUGCAUGUGAUUGGCGAAGCUGACCAGCCAGCCAGCAAGAAACAGGAGCACUGCAAAGACAAGCUGGCCCUGCUGCAUUCACUCGGCCCCGUCAUCAUGAACCAGAGUUACGUCUGCGCCCUGAUUGCCAUGAUGGUGUGGAGCAUCACCUACCACAGCUGGCUGACCUUCGUGCUGCUGCUGUGGGCCUGCCUCAUCUGGAUUGUGCGUAACAGGCACCACUUCGCCAUGCUGUGCUCCCCGUUCAUCCUCCUCUACGGCGUCGCCCUCUGCAGCCUGCAGUACGUUUGGGGCAUGGACCUGGAGCCCGAGUUGCCCACCAGAGUCGGCUUUAUGCCUUUGGUACAGCUGGGGCUGGUGCGACCCUCGUACCCCUGCCUGGACCUGGGAGCCAAGCUCCUUUACACCUUGACCUUCUGGCUCCUGGUCCGGCAAUUCGUGAAGGAGAAGCUGCUGAAAAAGAAGCCCCCACCUGCGCCCUUGAUGGAGGUGAUGGUUGCGGACUCAGGGCCAGGCCGCAAGCGUGACGUGCUGAAGAUCCUGGGGGCGUACGUGUCGGGCUUCUACGCCAAGUUCUGGAUCUUGGUGUGCGCCGGCAUGUUCAUCGUCGUCAGCUUCGCCGGGCGCCUGGUCGUCUACAAGAUUGUCUACAUGUUCCUCUUCCUCCUUUGCCUCACCCUCUUCCAGGUGUACUACAGCCUCUGGCGGAAACUCUUGAAGGCCUUCUGGUGGCUCGUGGUGGCCUACACCAUGCUGGUGCUCAUUGCCGUUUACACCUUCCAGUUUGAGGACUUCCCCAUGUACUGGCGGAACUUCACGGGAUUGACCGAUGAGCAGCUGGGCGACCUGGGCCUAGAGCAGUUCAGCGUCACGGAGCUGUUCUCCAGCAUCUUCAUCCCGGGCUUCUUCCUGCUGGCCUGUAUCCUGCAGCUGCAUUACUUCCACCACCCCUUCAUGCGCAUCACCGACCUGGAGCACGUCCUGCGUGGCUCGCAGCCGCUGGAGGGCAAAGAGGCUAGUGGGAGCCAGUUGCUAUUGCAGGCAAAGGAUGAAGAAGCUGAAGACCACGAACCGGAAGAGAAGGCUGAUGCUGUGUCUGAAGGGGGCGUUCCCAGCAAGUGGGGCCUGGUGCUGGAACGCCUGAUGGUGCUGGGCGGGAAGUUCUCGGACGUUCUCAGCCACAUCCGCGUCUUCGUGCUGCGGGUGCUGGAGCUGCACGUCCUGAAGCUGGUGGCGCUGUAUAUUGUCUGGGUGGCUUUGCAAGAGGUGUCGGUGAUGAAUUUCCUGCUGGUGGUGCUGUGGGCGUUUGCCCUUCCCUAUAGCCGCUUCUGCCACAUGGCCUCCUGCCUCUCCACAGUCUGGGUCUGCAUCAUCAUCGUUUGCAAGAUGCUCUACCAGUUGAAGAUCGUCAACCCGCAAGAGUACGCCAGUAACUGCACUGAGCCUCAGCCCAACAGCACCAAUCUCGAGCCGGAGGAGAUAGGCAACUCUACGCUCUACCAGGGUCCCGUUGAUCCAGCCAACUGGUUUGGCAUCCGGAAGGGCUUUCCCAACCUGGGUUACAUCCAGAACCACCUGCAAGUUCUUGUACUGCUGGUUUUCGAGGCGGUGGUGUACCGGUGCCAGGAGUAUUACCGUAAGCAACACCAGCUGCUGCCUCCUCUCACCCAGACCAUCUUCGAAGACGGCACUCGCCAGAACCUGGACAAAGGCUUGCUGAACUGCAUCAAGUAUUUCAUCAACUACUUCUUCUACAAGUUCGGCCUGGAGAUCUGCUUCUUGAUGACAGUGAACGUGAUUGGCCAACGGAUGAACUUCAUGGUGAUCUUCCAUGGUUGCUGGUUGGUCGUCAUCCUGACACGCCGGCGGCGGCACGCCAUCGCCCGGCUCUGGCCCAAAUACUGUCUCUUCUUGGCUCUCUUCCUGCUUUUCCAGUACCUCCUGUGUGUCGGCACCCCUCCGGUCCUCUGCAUCGAUUAUCCCUGGAGGUGGAGCCGCUCCAUCCCCGUUAACUCCGUUCUCAUCAAGUGGAUGUUCUUGCCCGACUUCUUCAUGAAGCCCAACUCCAUCAAUCUCAUGAGUGACUUCCUCCUCCUCCUGUGUGCCUCGCAGCAGUGGAAGGUUUUCGUCAACGAGCAGACAGAGGAAUGGCUGAGCUCAGCAGGGGACAACAGGGAACAGCUUGAACCACUGCAAGGGGAGCCGAACCCCGUGCCCAACUUCGUCAAUUGCAGAUCUUACCUGGACAUGCUGAAGGUGUGUGUGUUCUGCUACCUCUUCUGGUUCGUGUUGGUCAUCGUCUUUGUGGCCGGCGCCAACCGCAUCAGCAUCUUUGGCCUGGGCUACCUCAUGGCCUGCUUCUACCUGCUGCUCUUUGGCACCGCCAUGUUGCGCCGGCCGCUCCGUGCCCGCCUGGUGCUGUGGGACUGCCUGAUUCUCUACAACGUUACCGUCAUCAUUGCCAAGAACAUGCUUGCGCUCCUGUCCUGUGUCUUUGUCCAGCAAAUGCAGAACAACUUCUGCUGGGUGAUUCAGCUCUUCAGCCUGGCCUGCACUGUCAAGGGUUACUACGACCCCAAGGCUGCGGACAAGAACCAGGACUGUGCGUUGCCCGUGGAGGAGGCCGGCAUCAUCUGGGACAGCAUCUGCUUCUUCUUCCUGCUCCUCCAGCGCAGGGUCUUCCUCAGCUACUACUUCCUGCAUGCCGUGGCGGAUCUCCAGGCCUCUGCCUUGCAGGCUUCCAGGGGCUUUGCUCUCUACAAGGCCAGGAUGAUCAAGCGGAUGGGCUCCCACCACCAGGCAGAAAAGAAGUCCCUGGUGCAGCUCAAGCGGCAGAUGGAGCGGAUCCGGGCCAAGCAGGAGAAGUACCACCAAGGGCAGCUCUCAGAGGACGACGAAGAGACCCUGGAGACAGACCAGCCAGAGACAGGUGCCAAGAAGGACCCUUCCCACCAGAGGAAGCACUGGUGGCGCCCCUGGCUGGAUCAUGCCACAGUUGAGGGCGACCCAGAGCUCCCUGCUUUGCUUUCCAGAAAGGAAGGAGACCCUUCCGCUAGGGUGGACCGAGGCACUGUGGGGAGUAGAGGGCACUACAGUGUGCUACACUCCGGGGAUUAUUUCUUGUUCGAAACGGACAGCGAGGAGGAUGAGGAGUCGGUCCUGGAGGAUCAGAAGCCGCCGAAGCAGAGCGCCUUUCAGCUGGCCUACCAGGCGUGGGUGACGAACACCAAAUCAGCCCUCCGCGAGCGAAAGCGGCAGGAGAAAGAGGAGCAGGAGAUGGAGCAGGCUGAAGGGGAAUCCCAGCAAGGUGAAUUGAAGGUGAGGACCGGCAGCCAAGAGGAAGAAGAGGAGGAGGAGGAUGAAGAGGAAGAAGAGACCCCUCCAGGGAAGAGCAACGUGGUGCAGCGGGUGAUGAACGUGCUGCGUUUCCUCUGGGUGCUGUGCCAGGCCACGGUGGACGGGCUCACCCAGUGGCUGCGCGCUUUUACCAAGGAGCAUGAGCAGAUGUCCACCGUCUUGAGGCUGGAGAGGUUUGUCCUGACGCAGCAGCUCGAUCAGGCCGAGGAAGUCCAGAGGGGCGUCUUGGACAGGCUGUACCAACCCACAACAGCAGACGGCACCUCGGAGGAUACCGCCUUGCCGGGUACGGCGGCCGGGUCUCCAGACAGCGCAGCUUCCAGUGGGUGCGAAGGAGGAGAGGUGCUGAGCAUUGACACCACCGGCUACAACACCAGCGCUAGCGAGGAGCAGAUCGCUGCCUUGGGCUCCCGGGACGACGUGGGGCUCCUUCCUAGCAGCUCUCAAGAGGCGCUGGCCGACACCAAGGCCCGGCCCCGUACGGCCAGCGAGUUGCUGCUGAGCAGACAUGUCUCCUUUGAAGAGCUGGAGAAAUCCGAGCAAUUCUACCGCUCUCAGAACCGCUUUGCGAAGCUGCUGCUGGCCUGCUACCACUUCGUGGCGUCGCAUUCGGACCUGCUGUGCUACUUCGUCAUCAUCCUCAACAACAUGGUGACGGCCUCGGUCAUCUCCGUGGUCCUGCCCAUCCUCGUCUUCUUGUGGGCGAUGCUGUCCAUCCCGCGGCCGAGCAAACGCUUCUGGAUGACGGCCAUCGUGUACACAGAGGUGAUGGUGGUAGUGAAGUACCUCUUCCAGUUUGGCUUCUUCCCCUGGAACAGCUACACCACCCUGGUGCGCUACGAAGCCCGCCCCUUCUUCCCCCCACGCAUCCUGGGCCUGGAGAAAACCGACAGCUACAUCAAAUACGACCUGGUCCAGCUGUUGGCUCUCUUCUUCCACCGCUCUCUUCUCCUGAGCUACGGGUUGUGGGAUCACGAGGAAGAUGUCCUGGCCAAACAGCCCGAGGCCACGGAGCCACUGGUGUCAAAAGAGAGCGUGGAAGAGCAACCCGACGCCAAAGCAGAAGCCGUGGCGGUUCCGGAGGUGGAGGUGGAAGUGGCGGCGGAUGUUGAGCCUGAGCCUGAACGGGAGGGGCAAAAGGGGAUCCGCUCACGCUUCAGGAGGAAAAAGGAGAAGAAGAAGAAGAAACAGCAGCAACAGCAGCAGCAGAGCAAGACUCAGAAAGAGCAGGUGGAGGAAGCCCCAGGGGAGCAGGGGGAACAGGAGGGAGAGGAGAAGAAGUCGAGCCCAGCCCAGAGAAAGUUGAAGGCUGCUGGACUCCGAGCGAAACACUUCUUCGUCUCUGCAGCAGGGUGCGUGUUCCGGCCUCUGCGGCAAUUCUUCCAGGACAUCCUGCACAGCAAGUACCGGGCGGCCACCGACGUCUACGCCCUCAUGUUCCUGGCUGACGUGGUGGACUUCAUCAUCAUCAUCUUCGGUUUCUGGGCGUUUGGGAAACACUCUGCCGCGGCCGACAUCACGUCGUCGCUGUCGGACGACCAGGUCCCGCAGGCCUUCCUGGUGAUGCUGCUCAUCCAGUUCUCCACCAUGGUCAUCGACCGGGCGCUCUACCUGCGCAAGAGCGUCUUGGGCAAGCUCUCCUUCCAGGUCUUCUUGGUCUUCGGCAUUCACGUCUGGAUGUUCUUCAUCCUGCCUGCAGUCACCGAGAGGAUGUUCAACCUGAACACGGUGGCCCAGCUGUGGUACUUCGUGAAAUGCAUCUACUUUGCGCUGUCGGCCUACCAGAUCCGCUGCGGCUACCCCACCCGCAUCCUGGGCAACUUCCUCACCAAGAAAUACAACCAUCUCAACCUCUUCCUGUUCCAAGGCUUCCGCCUGGUGCCUUUCCUGGUAGAGCUCCGGGCGGUCAUGGACUGGGUCUGGACCGACACCACCCUCUCUCUCUCCAACUGGAUGUGCGUGGAAGACAUCUAUGCCAACAUCUUCAUCAUCAAGUGCAGCCGCGAGACAGAGAAGAAAUACCCACAACCCAAAGGGCAAAAGAAGAAGAAGAUUGUCAAGUAUGGCAUGGGGGGGCUCAUCAUUUUCUUCCUCAUCUGCAUCAUCUGGUUCCCGCUGCUCUUCAUGUCACUCGUGCGCUCGGUCGUGGGCGUGGUCAACCACCCCAUUGACGUCACGGUCACCCUCAAGCUGGGCGGUUAUGAGCCUUUGUUCACCAUGAGUGCCCAACAACAGUCCAUCGAACAAUUCACCCCCCAGGACUAUGAAGCCUUGACGGACAAGUUUGAGCGGCAGCCGGUGGCCAUGCAGUUCAUCAGCCUUUACGGCCACGACGACAUCGUGACGGCGCGCAUCGAGGGCAGCUCCGGCUCGCUGUGGAGCAUCAGCCCGCCCAGCCGGGAGCAGCUGCGCUGGGAGCUCCAGAACGGCUCCUCGGACAUCACACUGCGCUUCACGUGGAACUUCCAGAGGGACCUCGGCAAAGGGGGGAAAGUGGAGUACACCUCUGAGAAGCACACGACAGAUUUGGAUCAAAAGAGCAUUGUGCGAAGAAACCUGGCAGGGCUGCUGCAGGGCACCCACGACGCCCCUGUGCGAGUGCCCCACCUCUUCCCUCCAUACAUCCGUGCACCCAACGGCCCUGAGGCCAACCCUGUUGAACAAUUGCUACCAGAGGAAAAGGACAGCUACUGGGAUGUGGAGGUGCAACUGAAGCGGCAGCGGGUCGGAGCUGGGAACGGCAGCGGCAGCUUCCUCGAGUGGUGGGUGAUCCGGCUGGCCGACUGCAAGAAGGACUGUAACUUCCUGCCCAUGGUCAUCUUCAGUGACAAAGUCAGCCCUCCCAGCCUAGGCUUCCUGGCAGGUUAUGGGAUCAUGGGGCUCUACGUCUCCAUCGUGCUGGUGAUCGGCAAGUUCGUGCGGGGCUUCUUCAGCGAGAUCUCGCACUCCAUCAUGUUCGAGGAGCUGCCUUGCGUCGACCGCAUCCUCAAGCUGUGCCACGACAUUUUCCUGGUGCGCGAAACGGGUGAGCUGGAGCUGGAGGAAGAGCUGUACGCCAAGCUCAUCUUCCUCUACCGCUCGCCGGAGACCAUGAUCAAGUGGACGCGGGAGAAGGAGUGAGGCCGCCGAGGAGCAGCCGGAAGGAACCCGAAGCGCGCCCGAAGCGCGGGAAGGGCGUUACGAAACCGCCUUCUCCAUCCCGAGGCCCGAAGCGUGGACCUGGAGGGGAUGCUGAGCUGCUCCAUUGGACCUAGGAGGCGCCCAUCUAUCUCCCCAAAUCCCACCCCACCGUGCUUCAGGCUCCGUGGGUGGGGCAGCCCUUAACCUCUGAGCCAUACCUACUGCCCCACCGCCUUGGGGGAAGAGGGGGAAACACUGUCACUUUUUGAAACAGGUUUAUCCGUUUUUUAUUAUUAAAAACAAAAACAAGGGACUCUAGAAAUGGUGGGACGUAGGCAACCCACCCAACCCCCUUGCAUUCAAAACCUUAACCCUGUCCUAAGGGAAGCUGUUGCGUGGGACACCCACACCGUGAAGCGUUUGCAAAUUGACUUUGGGGGGGGGGUUGUCCUGCGGCGAAAAAGCCCAGCGCCGAUACGGAGCAAUAAACUGCUUUCAUCUCCCCAACCUUGGGGUGCAGAGCUUCCCCCGCACACAACACACACUUUUCUCGUUCUCAUGCAGCCACAACCCCUCCCUGCCAAUCUGCCCCCCCCUCACCACAGCCAAGACAUCACUAAGUGCCACACACACACCCCCACCGCUG